CUCCUCCUCUUGCAGGCAGCUCCCCCCUUGCGCAUCUCCCUCAGUGGCGAGCCCAGCGGGCAGCGUGCGGCCACCAUGUUCAGCUGGCUGAAGCGGGGCGGGGCGCGGGGCCAGCAGCCCGAGGCCAUCCGCACGGUGACCUCGGCCCUCAAGGAGCUGUACCGCACCAAGCUGCUGCCUCUGGAGGAACACUACCGCUUCGGGGCCUUCCACUCGCCGGCCCUGGAGGACGCCGACUUUGACGGCAAGCCCAUGGUGCUGGUGGCCGGCCAGUACAGCACGGGCAAGACCAGCUUCAUCCAGUACCUACUGGAGCAGGAGGUGCCCGGCUCCCGCGUGGGGCCCGAGCCCACCACCGACUGCUUCGUGGCCGUCAUGCACGGCGAGACCGAGGGCACCGUGCCCGGCAACGCCCUCGUCGUGGACCCGGACAAGCCCUUCCGCAAACUCAACCCCUUCGGGAACACCUUCCUCAACAGGUUCAUGUGCGCCCAGCUCCCCAAUCAGGUCCUGGAGAGCAUCAGCAUCAUUGACACCCCGGGCAUCCUGUCGGGCGCCAAGCAGAGAGUGAGCCGCGGCUACGACUUCCCGGCCGUGCUGCGCUGGUUCGCGGAGCGCGUGGACCUCAUCAUCCUGCUCUUCGACGCGCACAAGCUGGAAAUCUCCGACGAGUUCUCGGAGGCCAUCGGCGCCCUGCGGGGCCACGAGGACAAGAUCCGCGUGGUGCUCAACAAGGCCGACAUGGUGGAGACGCAGCAGCUGAUGCGCGUCUACGGGGCGCUCAUGUGGGCGCUGGGCAAGGUGGUGGGCACGCCCGAGGUGCUGCGCGUCUACAUCGGCUCCUUCUGGGCCCAGCCGCUCCUCGUGCCCGACAACCGGCGCCUCUUCGAGCUGGAGGAGCAGGACCUCUUCCGCGACAUCCAGGGCCUGCCGCGCCACGCCGCGCUGCGCAAGCUCAACGACCUGGUGAAGAGGGCGCGGCUGGUGCGGGUGCACGCCUACAUCAUCAGCUACCUGAAGAAGGAGAUGCCCUCCGUGUUUGGGAAAGAGAACAAGAAGAAGCAACUCAUUCUUAAGCUGCCCGUCAUCUUCGCGAAGAUCCAGCUGGAGCAUCACAUAUCUCCUGGCGACUUUCCUGACUGCCAGAAGAUGCAGGAGGUGCUGAUGGCUCACGACUUCACCAAGUUCCACUCGCUCAAGCCGAGGCUGCUGGAGGCGCUGGAUGAGAUGCUGACACACGACAUCGCCAAGCUCAUGCCUCUCCUGCGCCAGGAGGAGCUGGAGAGCACCGAGGUGGGCGUGCAGGGCGGCGCCUUCGAGGGCACCCACAUGGGCCCGUUCGUGGAGCGGGGGCCCGACGAGGCCCUGGAGGACGGGGAGGAGGGCUCAGAUGACGAGGCUGAGUGGGUGGUGACCAAGGACAAGUCCAAAUACGACGAGAUCUUCUACAACCUGGCACCGGCCGACGGCAAGCUGAGCGGCACCAAGGCCAAGACCUGGAUGGUGGGGACCAAGCUCCCCAACUCGGUGCUGGGGCGCAUCUGGAAGUUGAGUGACGUCGACCGGGAUGGCAUGCUGGACGACGAGGAGUUCGCCCUGGCCAGCCACCUCAUCGAGGCCAAGCUGGAGGGCCACGGGCUGCCCACCAACCUGCCGCGCCGCCUCGUGCCGCCCUCCAAACGGCGCCACAAGGGCUCCGCCGAGUGAGCCAGCCGCCGCCUGCCGGCCCUCCCUCCCACUCGCCUUGCUGUGGCUCCCCAGCUCCGGUCUGCUGCACGCACACCCCACCCGGCCCACACGCACCCUGCCUGCCCACCCUCCCGGCUGUAAGGACGGGGGUCUCUCUAGCCACCCCCCACGGCCAGACAGUGGGGACCAGGCUUCUCUGCCCGCCUUUCACACCUCCACCUGCACGGACGCUUAGGCACAUCAUGCCGACGCUGACACACACACACACACACACAGGCAUCCAUCCAUCCAUCCAUUCAAGUAUUUAUUGAACACCUACUGUGUUUCGAUGUUCGGGGCUCAUUCUAGGCACUGGGAUUACAGCAGAGAGCACAACAGACACAGAGAUCUGCCCUCACGGAGCUGACGUUCUCAGGAGAGAACAGCUACACAACCACACACACACACACACACACACCCAGCCCUAACCAGUCUGAGCCCCAGUCUGAGCCCCGAUUCUGGGCAGGACCCCUCGCCUCUCCCGUGAGCAGCCACUGGGCUGAAAUGACUGACAGGUCCCCUUGCCCCAC